AUGGGGUCGUUGGAGACUCUCUCCGCACAACCUUUAGUCCAUCGACGCCCUGCCGCUCCAACCCUUCCAAGUUUUGAGCUUCCUCCGCCGCAGUUUGGUCUACACGGGAGUAGUGUCACUCCGAAUAAAUACUCCACACACGCGCAUCCACCAUCUUCGCAACCACCUGCCAACGUGAGUGUGGGAAAUCUCCUCACCCCGCCCGCGACAAAUCAAUCGGGAGAAAGCGCACUUUCUCAUCAUCACCAUCAUCAAACAUUGGCAUCACACGGAACCACCGAUCUACCGCCUACAUAUUGGUCGGGAACGAGCGCGUAUGCACCAGGAUCAGGAUCGGCAGGGACACCAACGUGGGUCUCCAGUGUGAAUUCCGCGUAUCAAGCACGUCCAGCAUUAUUUUCUCCAGGCGCCGUGGGUCGGUCCGCCGUGACAUCUCCGCCUACUACCGAUGGUCUUCCCCAACCCUUUGAGGCGCCUUCACUGGCUUCCUUUCAGCAAGGGUUACCCGCACCCGCUAGUCUCCCACCGAACGUUUCGCAUCCCGCGACCAUGGCCUUGUAUCAUCCCUCGGGACACGCCACAUCCCCCGCGCCACUACCAUCCAACGAUCCCUAUGCUCCUAAACACCCAUCACUCUAUGGCGCUCCUCCGCCACACCUAGCUAGUCCGCAUCAAGGCAGUUACUCCCCUAUUUACGGCGCGCAUACGAUGGGAGCUGCUGGGUUGGGAAUCAACCCUUCUACGCGAAUGUCCGCGCAAAGUCCAGGGGGUCAACCACCAUUGGGAUUUGCGCGACAACCAUGGCCUUCAUACUCUCUUCCCGCGAUGAAUGGACCUGUAAUGACCAACAUUCAUAAUCCGAACGCUCCAAUGGCCAUGAUGGGAGGAAUGCAAGCGGGAAUUUUACCUGGAUUUAACAGCGGUCAUGUGGCCAGUACUCAGCAUCUUUACGGAGGUCAUAUCCCACCUCAUGGCAUCUCCGCACCUGCACCAGAUCGCCCAUUCAAAUGCGAUCAGUGUCCGCAAAGUUUCAACCGUAAUCACGAUCUGAAACGACACAAGCGAAUUCAUUUAGCCGUGAAACCAUUUCCCUGUGCUCAUUGCGAUAAGAGUUUUUCCCGCAAAGAUGCACUAAAGCGACACAUCCUAGUCAAGGGCUGUGGCAAGGACGGCGAUUCCGACGGAACCAGUACACAAGCGGAUAUCAAAGGCGAACGAAGCGAAGACGGGAGUCCGCUGUUAAACGGACGAGUCUAA